CUGUAAAGAAAAGGAAGGGCAAAGGGUUUCGAACUUUGAAGAAAAGCCGCUUAAGAGUUUAGGAGAAGAAGAAGCCGGCACCGCCACGGUGGGAGCACUGCCGAAAUCACAGACGAAAAUGUGGAGGAAAGCCAUAGCAACAGCAGCAGCAACACGCUUCGGCUCACUUCACCACCCAUGGCGCACGAUAGCACGCCCCCACUCAACCACCGCAUCCCCCUCCGCCGCCGUCGACUCCGUUAUCCUGCGCUCCCUCAAGGAACACUAUCUCGAUGUCCAGAAAAUGAACCCUCCCCCAAAAAUCAACCCUCCCUCGCCCUUCACAGUCGUCCAGGGCUCGCUCGACGGCAACGGCCCCGCGCUCAAGCGGAUUUUCGGCCGGGAGGAGAUCACCAUAUCGGUGAUGCGAAUGGCAAAUAUUAUUCCUGGCGAUGGCGGAGAAGACGACGAUGCCGAUGACACGAACCAGUUGUUCCUACACCUCGAUGUUUCAAAGCCCGGGCAGAAGGAGUCUCUACAUUUUCUUUGUGCCCUGUAUCCGGAUGCUUUGGGAAUUCACUCUGUCUCAUUGCGCAAAAUCGCCGAUUUAUCGAGCUCUGGUGAUGUUCUUUCCACAUAUAAUGGCCCUGUUUUUGAUGUGUCAUUGCCAUAUGCUUUUGCUGGAAAUGAUGUAUCCCUCCUUGCUGCUCUGUAAUGGGUCUGCAUUGCUGAAUUUCUUUCUUCUUUUUUGUAAACUUUUUAUUGGCUUUUUAGAAAUUAAAUCUGUCAUGUGCUCUGCUUUA